AUGUCCGGCGUUCCACAGGAAGGCAAGCGCCCUCACCCAGAGGACAUAGGAGAGCCUGAACCCAAGCGUGCAAGGGCGACGUCUCCGCUCAAUGAGAGCAGCGCACCGGUCAUUGACUCUCCUCGUGAAGGCGCUCAUCCUGUGUCGCGUCUUAGUCUGAAGCCCCAGCCACCAGUACUUCCUGCGUCACUUGAGCUCGCGACGGGGUCAAAGGCUGACCUAUCCGCGAAGAAGGGCUUCGUGGGUGAGCCAGAGGUUGGUAUUCUCGCCUACCUGGGGGACCCUCACUACACUGGCAUCCAGGGUGUCAUUAAGCAGAGAUUCACGGACUUCCUUGUCAACGAGAUUUCUCUCUCCGGUGAAAUUGUCCACCUUGUCGACAUUGGCGCGCCAACGGAGGGUUUGGCUGAUGCGCAAAAGGUCGGUCCUGUAAGCGAGCAGAAGCCUCAGGUCGCCGAUGUCGCAGAGGGCCCUGCCAAGAACACUGUAACGGACGCGAAUCCGGAACCUUCAUCGCAGCUUGUGGUCGACAACCGGCCUGACUGGACGGGCUCGACCACGACUGCUCUGCGGUCGCACUUUUCCGACGAGACCAUCGUUGCUCUCCAUGCCCUCCUUCUCGAGGGUAAGGAUGUCAAGAGACCUGUGGACGCGGGAUGGGGUGGUCCUCGAUUAAAGAUGACGGAUGAGGAAGAGGAGAUGAACAUUGGUCAAGGCCGCGGCCGUGGCCGCGGUCGCCAGCAAAGCGACCCGUCAUGGGGUCCGGCGGAUAAACGCGAGGUCGUUUCCCAAGUCAUCUCUGAGAAGGAGGCGCGGGGUGCUGCUCACAAGGCGAUUCGCGAGCUGUUCAAUGGUCGCUUCGAGACAUCGGCGCGCGACGACCCCAACGGUGAUCAGAAGAUUGUCAUUCGUUGGUCUAACCAACGUAGGGGUGACGGGCAGAGGCAGCAGGGAAAGCAGCGGUCAAACCUUCCCCGAUACAUUCAUUUCACUCUGCAGAAAACUAACCGCGAAACGAUGGACUGCCUCGGGCACAUCUCGCGCGUCCUCAAGGUCCACAACAAGGAUCUCAGUGUGUGCGGAACCAAGGACAAGCGUGCUGUUACAGCACAGCGCGUGUCGUUCAAGCGCGGUAACUGGACUCUUGAUGACAUGUGGAGAGCCGUCAAUGGCGUGAAGGCUGGGAGGCGGUCCGAGGAGGAGGCAGUGACGCGGCGCGGGGACCGAGGAACUCGUAUCGGUGACCUCUGCUAUGCUCAGAAACCUCUUGACCUGGGGAUGCUCAAGGGCAACCACUUUACCAUCACACUCCGGAACGUCCAAGGCGACAGUCCGGAGGCAAUUGAUGCUGCUAUGGCAUCGAUCCGGGACCAUGGCUUUGUCAACUAUUAUGGCAUGCAGCGUUUUGGGACAUCGACCGUUCCCACGCACGUCACGGGGCUACUUCUUCUGCUGCAAAAGUGGGGUGAUGCUGUCGACUCCAUUCUCUCGCUUCGUGAAGGAGAGCACCCAGACUGUACCCGCGCUCGGCUGAUCUGGCUUGAAGAUGAGGACUACAAGAAGGCGCUGGAGAUCAUGCCGCGUCGCUCCGUCGCUGAGCGUGCAAUCUGGGAGCACUGGAGGAAAGGCAACCUCGUCAAGGACAAGCUUGGUGCUCUUACAGCUAUUCCUCGCAAUCUGCGCAGCAUGUACGUCCAUGCUUACCAGAGCUAUAUCUGGAACAUUGUCGUCUCGGCACGCAUUAAGAUGUCCAACACAUCCGCUCUGCCAGGAGACCUCGUCUAUGCCGACGGUGGUGAUGACGACGGAGACGACGGCGACGGCAAGCCCAAAUCUGCGGCGUCUCGAGAGGUCAAGGAAUUGACAGAGGAGGAUGUCAACGACUAUCGCCUCACUGACGUCGUCAUGCCCUUACCUGGUUGGCAUAUUGAGUACCCCGGUGGCCCGCUUGGCAAGCUGUACGAGGAUAUGAUGGCGGCCGAUGGACUUGACCCACGUAGGAUGCGCCGGGAGCAGCGGGAGUACUCGUUACCAGGGAGCUAUCGCAAGAUCGUGCACAAGCCGUUUAACGUCUCGUGGGAGCACGUGAGGUACACGGACCCCGACAUCCCUCUUGCUCAGGCUGACGAGGACCGUCUCCUCGGCUUCAACGUCCCAGCGCUGGAUGAUGCAGAGGGCAAAUUCAACGCGCUCAAGAUCUCAUGGUCUUUGGGGACCUCGUCGUACGCCACAAUGGCGCUGCGCGAAAUCACUCGCCAGGAGACGUCGUCAUGGCACCAGAUUGGCCUCACUGCAGAGGGAGAGGACCAGGCGCAUAAAGGAAGUGUGGAACAGAAGGCAGACUGA